AUGGCUUCCGCUGGUUCUUCAUCACCUGGUGUUCCUGUUUUUACAGGUGUAAACUACCAGAUUUGGGUGGUAAAAAUGAAAUCAUACCUGAAGUCCUUGGGUUUAUGGAAUUCUGUCAUCAUAGGAGGAGAUCCUCCACCACUUCGAGCAAAUCCCACCGUUGCUCAAAUCAAGAAAUAUGAAGAGGAGUUACUCAAGAAAGACAAGGCUCUCACAUGUCUUCAUGCUGCAUUAGCAGAUAAUGUUUUCACUAGUAUCAUGGCCCUUGAAUCAGCUAAAGAAGUAUGGAAAAAGCUGAAAGAAGAAAACGAAGGCAGUGAAAGAGUGAAAACGGUGAGAUUACUCUCUUUAAAAAGAGAGUUUGAAAAUCUAAAGUUGAAGGAAAGUGAGGCUGUCAAGGAGUAUUCUUCAAAAGUGAUGGAGCUGGUAAACCAGAUGAGUUUACCUGAAAAAUUUGAGGCUAAAGUAUCAGCCAUUGAAGAGUCUUGUGACCUUAAGAAGUUGGCAGUAGCUGAGUUAAUCAGUAAACUUCAAGUCCAAGAACAAAGGGCUUCCAUGAGACUCGAAAAUGGAAAGAAAGGAUCUGGUGAUAGAAAAGAGAGUUCAAAGUUUGGAAAAGGCAAAUUUCCACCUUGUAUUCAUUGCAAGAAAACAAAUCACCAUGAGAGCAAGUGCUGGAAGAAGGCGCAAUGCAAGAUCUGCAACAGAAUUGGCCAUAUUGAUAGAUUUUGCAGGCAACGAACGAAUCAGCCUGCACAAAAUCAACUGAUUCAACAACAGCAAGCAAACUUCAUUGAGGACCAAACCCAGCAAGAAGGUCAUUUGUUCAUGGUUUCUCGUUCUCUCCGAUCAACAAACAAAAAUAUGUGGUACAUUGACAGCGGGUGUACAAGCCAUAUGACGAAUGACGAGAGUCUUUUUAGCAGUAUAGACAAAGCCUUUAAAACUGAAGUGAAGUUGGGAAAUGGCAUGAUUGUAAAAGCACGAGGCAAAGGGUUAAUUCCAAUACGAACAAAGCAAGGUACAAAGCUGAUUUCUGAUGUGUUAUUGAUACCUAGCUUAUCUCAGAAUUUACUUAGCGUGGCUCAAAUUCAGAACAAAGGGUAUUCUGUGGUGUUAAAAAAUAAUUACUGUUUUAUUUUUGAUCCAAGUGAUGUUGAGAUUGCUAAAGUAAAAAAGAUUGACAAUAGCUAUGUGCUUAAUCUGAAUUAUGUUGAUCAACAUGUCUAUAGUGCUAAAAAAGAUGACACACUGGUUUGGCAUAGAAGAUUUGGGCAUUACAAUGUCAAACCUUUGAAAUUAUGCAAGAGAAUGACAUGGUGA